AUGCAUGAUGGUUGCAGUUACAAUGGUCCCGAGCGUGGGUCCCGAAAGAGUACGAUUAGCCAAAUAAAGCGUAUUUAUGCGCCGAAUAAGUAUGCAUUUGACACUCACGACCUCAAAGCUAGACGUGUGCUAGACGCGAGCGUGCAACACAUCAAUUCAACUCUUCAAGCCAGAUUCACUUCCAGAAUGCUCAGGCUCCAGGACAAACCCAUGCCUCCUCGACCGCCCGGCCCCAGAGACAGUUAA